AUGAAGAGUAAAAGAUUUGAAUACAUAAGAUUUGUCAAAAACUAUUGGUCUUUUUUGCAGGUAUUAAGAUACUUAAUCCUUACCUUCUCAAUAUUUUUCCUUCAAUUUAGUGGACUACUUUAAACAUUGAUUCAAAUUGGUGUCUCUUAUGCUUUUGUUAAGAUCUCAAUUGAUUGCUAGCCAUAUAGAAUGCAAGGUGUCAAUGCUUUAAACAUAAUUAAUCAAUUUUCAAUAUUUAUCCUAAGUUACAUGGAAUGGCCUCUAAUUGGAAAUGUUGACAAUAUGCGACAUCUCUACAAUAUAGGCUGGGCUAUUAUUUUUUUCUUCACAGCAAUUCUACUUAUAAAUUUAGCCAUGGUGAUCAGUGUCAUCAAUUAUGAUUUGAUAAUCAAAAAUAUUUGCUUAAAGACCAAAGUAAAGAAAAAUGUGGGCGAAGUUUACCUUGAAAAAUCCUCAUCACGCUUAUUCUAAAUAGUAAAUAAUAUAAAAGAUCUCUAAACUAUCUAAGAAUUAGAUAAUGAGGAUAUAGAGGAUAACUUAGGUUAAACUUAGCACCCUUAAACACCACCAUUUAAAAUUAAUUAGGGAUAUGAUUAGGAAGCCUAACCAAUUUUGAGAAAGAUAACAAGAAAUAUUUCUGGGUCAACUGAUCUCAGAAUGACUCCAUAGGAAGAGAUUGAUCUGAAGGAAAAAAGAAAAACUAAAAUUGUUAUCAGAAGAAGAAGAAAGAAGAAUUCAAGUGUAAUUGCUUCAUCUGAAUAAGAUUAUUAAGAGUUAGACAAUGAUAUUGACACCUAUGGAUAUUAUCAGUAAAGAAAAUGA